CUUUUUUUUAAAAAAAAAAAAAAACACCCUGCAGCUGUGCUGGUCGCACUGUAAAGGGAGCCAGAGGAGAGUGAAAGACAUGUUUUGCCUUGAAUUGCAAAGCAGUUCUGAGAUGUUGUGAAAUGAUUAAGUGGUUCACAUUUCAACCACACAAAAGACUACCGAGUAACCCAUCAGAUUUUUGCAUACUAUAAUGCUUCCCCACCCCUUUCUGCGCCUUCUUUACUGAAGGAACUAGAGCAGGGAAUGAGCUCAGACGUGCACCAUGGGUAAACCUAACAGGAUGUAAGAGGCUCUCUGAACUGCACUUUUUAAACCUGCGGGAACUUCUCCUAUCUCUACCAUGCCUGGCAAAUGAAGGGUCCUCCAGUCAUGUUUCUAAAAAGGAUUUUACUGCACAUCCUUCUAGUAAUGCUGGCUCAGAGCAACUAUCAAGUUUAUGGAUUUGAUGCCACUGAUUGUCCAGCUGAAAUUCAAGUUAAAAGAAACUCCCAGUACAAAAGUUAUCUUGGGAACUCUUUGAUUAUACAUUGUCCAGUUCAUUACUGCAAGGAGAGGCCAGUCAUGCAGUGGUGCAAGAUAGAAGGGAAUGAGUGCGUGCUGCUGAAAGAGAGCAAAGUAGAAUGGAAGACCAACAAGAAGUUUAUUCUGGAGUUUUUCUCAAUUCAUCAUAAUGAUAGUGGAACUUACCGCUGUCGAGCAACAGUGGGCACCUUGUCCAGUGAGAGCCAUGGGAUAAGGGUUAUUGUUGAAGAAAAGCCUGCAAACAAAACGACAAGUUCAUCAGAAAAUACCACUACUAUCUCAGAAGAUUCCCAAGAAUCUGAAAAUGACAAGAUAUUGCACAUUAUUUAUGCUGCAUUAUCCUUGCGUCUAUGUUGUCCACUCAUCUUCAUAUGCAUGUGUUGGUGUCUAAGGUGGUACCACGCAAAGCAAAAGAGAACUCCAUUAACCCCACAGAGACAAGAGAGCCUGGUAAGAGGUCCAGCAGCUGUUCCAUAUUAUGCUGCUGGGGCAACUCAAGCUUCAGAUGAAAGCUCCUCACUUUACUACUGCUCCAUGGUUAGCCUACGACAGCUCUCCGAUGGCAACACAAUUUAUGACAACGAUGUCCCUCACUGGGAUGCUCUGAGGACAGCACCUAACACACCUUGUCAUGAUCCUGCUAUCCCUUCCAUCCCAGCUGCACCUGACAGCCAAGAUGUCCUCAUUUAUGCUGCACUAAAUCAUUCUGCUUCUGCAGAAAAAUGCCAGAGAAGGGAGCCAAUGGUAGAAAAUGAACUUACUGAAUAUGCCUCCGUUAAUGUAAAAAAAUAAACCUGGCCAGGACUUCUCCAGUGACCCACUUUGCAUGCAGUCUCAGGUCUAGCUCCCCUCUAAGACUCUUCCUUUCUCUCCCCUUGUUUCUCUUUGUUAUCCUUCCUGUGUUCAGGAUUCUCCUUGCAGUUUGACCUGGAUUUGGCUGUGGUUUGCAUACAGACAAAGGGGAGGAGAAGGAGAGUGUUCUGCCAGGUUGUUUAUAAACAUGUAAAAUGAAUCCUUGAGGAAGAUGAUACUGAGUCAUAUCACCUCCUCCUAAGUAAAUGCUAAGAAUGUUUGUUGGAGAAUUUUUCUUUGAGGUUUCCUGAAUUUUGCUAAGCGAACCCUUCUAAGGAUUGUUUUUCAUUUCAGUUUACUCAUCUCCUUGGGAAGCUCUUUAAAUAUCAUGAAUGUCUAAUCCUCUUACUAAUCAUAAGCAAGUUUUUGUUUGGUUGGUUGUUGCAGGGGAAGGAGGAGGAGAGAGUUAUUUUCUUUUUACAAAAAUUUCACACAAAUAAGGUGUGAGAUAAUAUCGAAAUAUAGCGCUCUUAUUUGC